CGUCAGCACAGCCUCGAGUAUCACCGGCCUCUUCUGCUCCACGGAGAACUCGGCAGUCGUGGCAGGUCUGCCCUUCUGGACUGGUAUGAUGGGGUCAGCACCGAUCGUUUGAUGCCCUGGAGGAAGCCUUUCAUAGAUGUCAAGGACUACGACAAUGCUGCCGAGCUUCAGAGGGCCCUCACACAGCGCGCCUACGAGGUCUUCAUAUCUGAGAUCAUGCUCCAGCAGACGCGGGUUAAAGUUGUCAUUGAUUAUUGGAACAGGUGGAUGGAGAAGUGGCCAACGAUCUACGACCUGGCAAAGGCCGACGAAGACGAUGUCAUGAGUGCCUGGACAGGUCUGGGCUACUAUUCAAGGUGCAAACGCAUUCUUGAGGCCUGCAGGAAGGUCGUCCGACACCCAGACUGGUGCGGCCUGAUGCCUCAGGAUGCCAAGACACUCGAGAAGGAGAUACCUGGUGUUGGGCCGUACACCGCCGGUGCUCUCUCGUCCAUUGUGUUUGGCCGCCCGGCGCCGAUGGUCGAUGGAAACGUCUUGCGCGUGCUCAGCCGCCAGCUAGGCGUGCUGGGGGAUAUUAAGAACGACAAGACCAUCAUUGGCCUAAUCUGGGCUUGUGCAAGUGCUCUUGUGGAGACUGAGGUGGGCGAGGUACAGCCCAACGACGGUCCAGGGCGUUGGGGACAGGCACUGAUGGAGCUAGGAAGCACUGUUUGCACUCCCCAGCCAAACUGCUCGAUAUGUCCCAUUACGAUGACGUGCCGCGCGUACGAAGAGGGCUCCACGCUUUCGGAAGCCGGACUGCCCCGGAGAAGUGUCAUCAAAACGUCACAACCAGUCGAGAUCGAGGACCUGUGUCGAUUAUGUGAGCCUUUCGAGACUGCUGCUACAGACCAUGCCGCUCAGAAGUCGGCCUUCCCGGUCAAGGUUGUGAAGAAAGCCUUGCGGGAGCAGGAGACCCUCGUGUGCGCAAUACAGCGGGCUAGUGAUGGGAUGUAUCUGCUACAGAAACGUCCAAACAAAGGUCUCCUCGCCGGUAUGUGGGAGUUUCCAAGCCAGAUUCUCGCAGAGGCCAACGAUAGCACUGCAGCGUCUCGAAAGCGAUCGGCCCGCAAUUUUGUGACAGAUCUUUUCGACCUGGGAGAUUCGUCGGCUGCGGGUAGGAAGCAGAGCCUCAUUCUAGAAUAUCGCGGAGAGCUGGGCAGCGUGCCAUGGGUUUUCUCUCAUCUGAAGCUUACGAUGCAUGUCCAUCUGUUCCGGUUGAAGAACGGCCAACAGGAGACACCAGUAGCCCACGCCCAAGACGAGAACCCACGCCGCUGGGCCACCUCGGCAGCUGUGGAAGGAGAGACGAUGGGGACUGGAAUGCGCCAAUGCUGG